AUGGAUCCUUUAAAGUACAUCUUUCAGAAACCAAUGCCAACUGACAGACUCGCGAAAUGGCAAAUUUUGCUCACUGAAUUCGACAUUAUGUAUGUCACUCGCACUGCAAUGAAAGCCCAAGCUUUGGCAGACCACUUGGCAGAGAACCCAGUCGAAGGUGAUUACGAACCAUUGGAUACAUAUUUUCCAGAUGAAGAGAUUAACUCAAUUGAGGAUGUAGGUUCAAAUGAAAAUCAAGCCUGGCAAUUAUACUUUGAUGGAGCAACCAAUACAAAAGGCACAGGGAUUGGGGCAAUUUUAAUAUCGCCCACAGGGAAACAUUACCCUGCAACAGGUCGACUUCGCUUCUUUUGUACAAAUAACACCACUGAGUAUGAAGCUUGCAUCAUGGGUCUAAAUAUGGCAAUAGAUUUGGGUGUGCAAGAAUUAAUUGUGUUGGGAGAUUCUAAUUUACUUAUCCGACAAGCUCAAGGCGAAUGGAAAACUCGAGACCUCAAGCUCCUUCCAUAUAGACAAUGUGUGGAAGAUCUUAGCAAAAGGUUCAGAUACAUCGAGUUUAGAUACAUUCCCAGGUUUCAUAAUGAUUUGUCCGAUGCCUUGGCUACUUUGGCCUCAAUGCUUCCCUAUCCUGGAAACACUUACAUCACCCCAUUAGAGAUUCAAGUUCGGGACCAACAUGGCUAUUGUAAUACAGUGGAAGCAGAACCUGAUGGUGAGCCAUGGUACUCAGACAUCAAGAAUUUUUUGAAGACAGGGAGAUGCCCCGAACAUGCCAACAAAAGCCCAAAAAGAACUAUUAGACGUCUGGCUAAUGGUUUCUUUUUGGGCGGGGAUGUUUUGUAUAAACGAACUCCGGAUUUGAAUUUAUUGAGAUGUUUGGAUGCUGAAGAAGCCAAGAAAAUUAUGAAUGAAGUGCACGCUAAGGUAUGUGGACCACACAUGAACGGAUAUGUCCUUGCAAAAAAGAUACUCCGGGCGGGGUAUUAUUGGCUUACCAUGGAAGAGAUUGCUUUCACUUUGUGA